AUCACCCUUAAAUGUCUUUCGUAUUGUUUCGUAUCAGAAAUCAAAACACAGGCACAAGGCACAAUUGAAUAUUUUCUCUGCAAUCGGGUAGUGGUAUACAAAUAUUCGAAGAGGACGGUUAAGAAAAGGAAUCUUUUUUUUUUCUUUGUUUAUAUAUAAUUUAUGUGAUAUCGUGAUUUUUAAAAUCGUAGAAUAUAAAAUCAAAUUGAAUAAUUUUGCAAUAGCGAAUUUCAAAUUUUAUACCCAUAUUUGAAUUUUACAUAUAUCUCAAAAUGUCGUACAUGUUAUCGCAUUUAGAAAACGGUUACCAAGUCGACCAAGCAAUUUUAUCGGAAGAAGAUAGAGUGGUGGUUAUUCGCUUUGGUCACGAUUGGGAUCCAAUGUGUAUGAAAAUGGAUGAAGUGCUCUAUAAUAUUGCAGAGAAAGUCAAGAACUUUGCUGUUAUUUACUUGGUCGACAUUACGAAAGUGCCAGAUUUUAAUAAAAUGUACGAACUGUACGAUCCAUGUACAGUGAUGUUUUUCUUCAGGAACAAACACAUUAUGAUAGAUUUGGGCACUGGAAACAACAACAAAAUAAAUUGGACGUUGGAAGAUAAACAAGAAAUGAUUGAUAUCAUCGAGACUGUAUACCGAGGUGCUAGAAAAGGUAGAGGUUUGGUAGUUUCACCUAAAGAUUAUUCUACUAAAUAUAGAUAUUAAUUUAUUUAGGACUACAUUAAUAUUAUUAUUGAUAAAGAUUAAUAUUCUAUUUGUUGUACAUAAAAAUAAAAAGACUUUUACAAAUUUCGUAAAUCAAAUGAAUUUAUGUGUGAUUGAAUAAACAAGGUAUUACAUGCUCUAUUGUAAUUGCAUGUUAUGCAUAUAUCUUAAAUAAAUAUAAGUAUAAACACAUGUAUAAAAUAUAUGAUCUCUAUAAGCUGUAGAAAUAUAUAUACAAUUCUUAUGGAUAUAUAUUACAUGUCCUAAAUGC